CCCCUCCCCCGCCUGCCGUGGUGCGCAGGCGCACUGCGGCGGCGGCUCGGCGAAGGGAAGGGCGAGCCGCCGCUGCCGAAGCGGGGGGGAUUUGCGGGCUCCGGCCGCCCCGCCGCCGCCAUGGCGGGCGCGGCCCCGGCCCCGGCCGCGGUCGGCGAGAGCGAGGCCUCAGCGGCGGCGGGCGAGAGGCCGCCCCUUUCGGCGGCGGCGCUGGCGAAGAUGGAGCGGAACCGGCAGCGGGCGCUGGCACUGCGGCAGGCGCGGCUGGCGGCGCGGCCCUACCCUGCCGCAGGCGCCGUGCGGGUGAAGGCCCCCCCCAAGGUCGUGGACACGGGAGGGGGCUUCUUCCUGGAGGAGGCGGCGGAGGAGGACGAGGCGGAGGAAGAGCCGGGCGCCGCCGCCGCGAGGACCGUGCACCCCCCCGCACCUGUACUAGAGUUUGACUAUCUCAUCUGUGAAGACUGUGGCAAAGAAUUCAUGGAUUCCUACCUUAUGCAGCACUUUGAUUGGGCAACAUGUGAUAAUUGCAGAGAUGCUGAAGAUAAACAUAAGCUUAUAACAAGGACAGAAGCAAAAGAAGAGUAUCUUCUUAAAGACUGUGACUUAGACAAGAGAGAACCAGUGCUCAGAUUUAUUUUGAAGAAAAACCCUCAUAAUUCACGGUGGGGUGACAUGAAACUUUAUUUAAAACUACAGGUAAUCAAGCGUUCUCUUGAAGUCUGGGGUAGUGAAGAAUCAUUGCAAGAGGCAAAGGAGCUCCGCCGUGACAACAGGGAGAAGAUGAAACAGAAGAAGUUUGAUAAGAAAGUUAAAGAACUCCGCCGUGCAGUAAGGAGUAGUUUGUGGAAGAAAGAAGCUAGUAUCCAUGAACAUGAAUAUGGACCAGAAGAAAACAUUGAAGAAGAUAUGUAUAGAAAAACAUGUAUGAUAUGUGGCCAUGAAUUAACUUAUGAGAAGAUGUAGUAUUAUCAUGUUUUUUUAAUUUCAUUAAGUGUCUUUUUAAUGGUAUUCUGUAUUAAAUAAAUCUGAUCAUGAACAAGCUGUUGCCAAAUUGUAUGCAAAGAAUGAUGUUCCUCAGUUGCAAGAAGCUUUGUACAGGAAAAAUAAGCUUUGGCUCUUUAAACCAGAUCUUAGGAAUGUAAUGUAAGCCUUUUUAACUUUUUCAAGGAAAUGGGUAUCUUAUGGCCUAAUGGAUAAGGUGGCAUCAUUGUUUUACAUGAUGAUGAAAUUAAAGGAGUUGUUAAAUCA